GCAGGAAGGAGAGGCCCUGAGCGGAGGAGAAGGCGGGACACGCGGGCUGACCCGGCGGCUCGGGCUGGGGCGCCGCCCCUGCGUCUCCGCGCACACCCGGCCCCGCGCAGCGGAGCCCGGCGAGUGUGCGGCGGCCAGGAGUCGAGAUGGCAACUGGACAAAAUGGACAUGAAGAGUGGGUAGGCAGUGCAUACCUGUUUUUGGAGUCUUUGAUGGACAAGGUGGUCCUGUCUGAAGCCUACACAGAUCCUCAGAAGAAGCUGUCAAUAUACAAGGCUCUGCAGACUGCAUUGUCAGAGAGUGCGGACAGCCCUGACGUACUGCAGAUACUCAAGAUCCACUGCAGCGACCAGCAGCUAAUCGUGCAGUUACGGUUCUGCGGGCGUCUGCUGUGCGGCCGGUUCCUCCAAGCCUACCGCGAGGGGGCGCUGCGCACCGCGCUGCAGAGGUGCAUGGCCUCGGCACUUGCCCAGGAAGCGGUGCGGCUGCAACUGGAGUUGCGUGCUGGCGCAGAGCAGCUGGACACUUGGCUGACCGACGAGGAGCGCUGUUUGAAUUACAUCUUAGCCCAGAAGCCCGACCGGCUCCGGGAUGAGGAACUCGCCGAGCUGGAGAAUGAACUCCGCAAGCUGACGUGCGACUGCACUGGCCAGGGUGGAGCCAUACAGGUUGAUUCAGCCUCUUCGAAGUCCCUUGUUCCCUCUCCAGCCGAAGAGAAGCUAUUGCCGGUGGCCUGCCAGACUUUUCUGUUCCAUGGUCAGCCCGUAGUGAACCGGCCAUUGAAUCUGCAAGACCAGCAGACAUUCGCGCGUUCAGUGGGCCUCAAAUGGCGCAGAGUGGGGCGCUCGCUGCAGCGUAGCUGUCGAGCACUGAGGGAUCCUGCCCUCGACUCGCUAGCCUAUGAGUAUGAGCGAGAUGGGCUAUACGAGCAGGCUUUCCAGCUGCUGCUCCGCUUCAUGCAAGCCGAGGGCCGCCGUGCCACGCUGCAGCGCCUGGUGGAGGCGCUGGAGGAGAACGAGCUCACCAGUCUUGCAGAAGAUCUGCUAGGCCAGGCGGAGCCGGAUGGUGGCCUGGCCUAGGUCUGGUACUGUGGGGAGGGCGGUCAACCAGCUGGCCAGCCAGGGUUUGGUCCCCACUGGUGGCUAUUGGGGUCUUUUUACUGCUGCUGUUGCUACUGCUGACCGCUUUCCACCCACUGGACUCAGAGCAUACGUACUACCCCCACUUUGCCGAGCUGCUGGAGUGGAGCUGACUUCCCCGGAAGGCAGGCAGGCAUCAGUACAUCACUGAGGAUUCGACCCAGAUUCUUUGAAGGAGACAGUGUAGUCCUUGACUUCUCAUCCUAAAAGAGGACUUCCUGCAAAAACUCACCAAGUACCUGGACCUCCUGAGGUCUAGAUGUCAUUCAAGGUGCUGUAAAUACUGUUGUGAUCAGGAUGCACAAGUCUUCCUGAUCACAACGUGCCCUUGGCUCAUACUCAACGUGGGACCCAAGCACUUUGCAACGAAAUAAAAUGUAACUCUUUUACAGA